UCCUUAACUUUUGAAGAAAGGCUCAGAAUUAAUUAACUGUGAUAAUUACAGAGAGACAGAUAAAACUUUUAUUCUUUUGAUGUAUAACUUGUGCUAUUUCCUUGCUACAGGUGCCUUCAUUUGCAAGAUGGUGCCAUUUGUCCAGUCCACUGCUAUAGUGACAGAGAUUCUCACUAUGACCUGCAUCGCUGUGGAAAGGCACCAGGGACUUGUCCAUCCUUUUAAAAUGAAGUGGCAGUAUACCAACCGAAGGGCAUUCACAAUGCUAGGUGUGGUCUGGCUGGUGGCAGUCAUUGUGGGAUCACCCAUGUGGCACGUGCAGAGACUUGAGAUAAAGUAUGACUUCUUAUAUGAAAAAGAACAUGUCUGUUGCUUGGAAGAGUGGACCAGCCCUGUGCACCAGAAAACCUACACCACUUUCAUCCUUGUCAUCCUCUUCCUUCUGCCCCUUAUGGUGAUGCUGAUCCUGUACAGUAAAAUUGGUUAUGAACUUUGGAUGAAGAAAAGAGUGGGGGAUGGUUCGGUGCUUCGAACCAUUCAUGGAAAAGAAAAGUCAAAAAUAGUCAGGAAGAAGAAGCGAGCUGUCAUUAUGAUGGUGACAGUGGUGGCCCUCUUUGCUGCGUGCUGGGCACCUUUCCACGUCUUUCACAUGAUGAUCGAAUACAGUAAUUUUGAAAAGGACUACGAUGAUGUCACAGUCAAGAUGGUUUUUGCGAUCGUGCAAAUCAUUGGAUUUUCCAAUUCCAUCUGCAAUCCCAUUGUUUACGCAUUUAUGAAUGAAAACUUCAAAAAAAAUUUCCUGUCUGCAGUUUGUUACUGCAUAGUGAAAGAAUCCUUAUCUCCAGCACGAAGGCACGGCAAUUCAGGAAUUACGAUGAUGCGGAAGAAAGGUAAGUUUUCCCGGAGAGAGAACCCAGUAGAGGAGACCAAAGGAGAAGGCUUCAGUGAUGGCAACAUUGAAGUCAAACUGUGUGAGCAGCCAGCGGAGAGGAAAAAUCUCAAACGACAUCUUGCCCUGUUUAGUUCCGAACUUCCUGAGAGUUCUGCUUUAGGCAGUGGGCGUUGAUUGUAAUGAUGCCAACAUGAUUGAUACCAUUCCAUUUGAAUCUGAAGAGAAAAGUAUUUUGAACGAAGGUCAGAGACUUUUUUUUUAAUUCUUAAAAUGACAAGAAGGAAACUGAAAUCAGUUUUCCAUAAAAUGACAUUAUACAUGGAAAUAAAAUUUUGAAAAAUUAGAAAACGAUCCUUGUAGUUUAUAAAAACGUGGUAUAUAUAUAUAUUUUUUAAUCUUGUAUGGUAAUAAAUGUUCUUGGCUGUCAGUUUCCCUCCUAUACAGUCAAUGUAAUUAAUGUGUCUUUCUAUGCAUUGCUAAAUUGGACAAGAAAGUAACUUUAAAAUUAUGUCUUCUUUAAUAAGUUUAAUAGUUUAACAUUAGGGUGAAAUAAUUAGUGCACUGUCGAAGUGAGGCGAUACAGUCGCAAAUGAGACCUGUGCUAUAUCAUAAAGUCAAAGAAAUUGGAAAGGCAGCCAAAUGAUAGAUUAAUGAGGCUUAGAGCUUGUUUUGAGCUUCUUACAGCCCUGCCAAUUACUGCUGUGAUGACUGGCAAGUCAUUUAACACCUUGGAGGCUUCGUUCCAUCCUGUGUAAGCUGGAGGAGAUACCUCUUAUACUUCAUGGAGUUGCUGUGAGAACAAACUGAGGCAUGAGUGGGAAAGCACUUUGUAUUGGAAAGCACCUUCAAGCUCUGAAGCAUUAUCAUAGCUGUUUCAAGAUUCACCAUUCUGUUCCCUUUUACUUUCUGAGACUUGAUCCCACUCCUGCCCAACUUUCUCCUCAUACUUAUUUUUUAACUGCUUUUUCUAAUCCAGAGAAGAUGGUUUCUGGGAUCCUCACUUGUGGGUUGACUGUAAUAUAUUUAGACCAAUUUAACUGUCUUACAUAUUUAUAUUUUAAUCCCAUUAUAUUCACUAGUGGGAUGGAAGAGUUUUUCUUAUGUAAGACCUUUUGGAGUCCCUGGGUGGUGUAAAUGGCUAAACACUCAGCUGCUAACCAAAUGGAUGGGAGCUCAAGCCUGCUCAGAGGCACCUUAGAAGAAAAGCUUGGUGAUCUGCUUCCAAAAAAUCAGCCAUUGAAAGCCCUGUGAAGCACAGUUCUACUCUGACACACAUGAGGUCACCAUGAGUCAGAGCUGACUCGAUGGCAGCUGGCCUAAAAAGGCAUUUAAGUGUACUUGGUAGAUGGGAGAGAUAAUCUAUUCUAAGCCCAUGAAAUUAUACUGUGCCCAAGGCUGACCUCAAAGAGAGCUGGAUCAGGAAAAACGAUAGAGUUCCCAUCUCCUUCCCUAAAUCUCGCUUAAACUCAAGCCCUCUCUCUUCAAUCUUCUCCCCUUACUCCCAAAUGUCAUGGAUUCAGAGAUCAUCACAGUGCCCUCUUACUCCCCCUUCCACACCUGAGAUUCCCCAAAUCUCAUCACAACCACAUGACCAACAUGUUUCUUCUGCUUCCAGUUUUCCAGAAUGUACUCUGCCAACCCUACAAUAGAAAGAGAACUUCAGAAACCUCAGGGCAUUUCACUUGGGGGGCUUUAAGUUUUGAGAACCAGAGAAGUCAGGCUGUUGGGAUCUUUUAAGAUACCAACCAACCAACCGAUUGCCAUCGAGUCAGUUCAACUCAUAGCGACGCUUUAGGACAGAGAAAAAGUGCCCUAUAUGAUUUCCAAGGCUGUAAUCUUUAGGAAAGCAGACUGCCACAUCUUUCUCCAGAGGAGCAGCUGGUGGGUUCAAACUGCCUACCUUUUGGUUAGCAGCCCAGUGCUUAAUCAUUAAGACACAGACAUUUAAUAUAACAUGUGCCAAUGUAAGCAUGGAUGAAAAAGGCAAAUGAAACAGUGUUUGGUAUUGGGAAAAAUUGUCGAUAGGACACAGGAACAGAAAUAAAAUGAAAA